GUUGAUAAAUGAGAUACAAGCACUGUAGAAUUUCUAAGAAUCGAACAAUGACAAGUUUCUGGAUUUUACUUUUGAUCCUCAGCACCAUGUAUACAGUCCAACCUGGUAGACGCUGGGUUACUGCACAAUCCCCUACAAAGUCACUAGUUUAUCAGCCUGAUAAAGAACUCAGUGUGAAUAUCGGAGACUCGGCUACUCUGCAGUGUUGUUAUGAUCCUGAAAAUGUAGCUGGAGUAGUAGACUUGUUUAAGCAGCUAAAGAGAAAGAAACCUCAGCUUAUGGUAACAGUAUAUAAAACUGCUGGAGAAAUAUUUUACAAUGAAUCCCACAAGUCUCGUGUUCGAAUAGAAAGAUCUUCAAACUGCUUCAAUAUGACAAUUUUAAACAUCAUUCAGUCUGAUGAAGCCAUGUACUACUGUGCAGUGACAACAUCCAACACUGUGUUUGGAGAUGGAACUAAUAUAAAAAUUGAAGCUAAACCAGCUCUGAGUGAUAAUUCUGUGGUGUGUGAACCAACACUGCAUGGAAACGACACUAACCUGAACACACAACACCGAACAGUGAUCGGUUUGGGAACAGCUUUGGGUUUGUGCGCACUUCUGAUUUUCUAUCUCACUUAUUUCAUACUGAAAAGAAGAAAACAUGAUAAAAUAAUUGCUUCUAUACAAGAUUCUCCAGGAACAAGGCAGGAAUCUGAGGCUGAAACACUGAAUUACACAUCUUUGCAAUUCUCCAAGAAAGCCAAACCUGAAAAAAGAAAAACUGUCUCAUCGGAUGAGUGUGUGUACUCUGAUGUGAAUACAACUGUAAGAUAUAAGUAGUUAAUUCAUAACACACAGUGAAACACAUGACAAAAACAGUUAUAAAGUGUUUAAUGCAAUUUAAAUAUUUUGACAAUAUGCAAAUUAAUAUUAAGCUUAGAAUACAUAAACAGGUAUUCACCUAAUAUUACUGCUAACUUCAAGCUGAAAGAUAAUUAAUUGAUAAUUUGCAUCAAUAAGCAAAAGUACUGUACCUGCAAAAUAAUACAAAAACAGACUCUAUAUCUGUAUACAAUUAGCUUGUAAUAAUUUAUACAUAUUAAAUAUAUUUACCUAUAUUCAAGAUAUUGUAGUUUUUUAUUUAUUACUUCCUACUGUCGUGUCAUUAGCAUGAACUAACAGACAACU